CUAGUAAGGUAGAGGAUGCUACCACAUUUGUCUGAUUGGCAUGUAGAUGUGCACCAGCUGGAAACGGCGCCAAUACUUGCAGUCAGGCGAGAAGGUUCUAGUGGGUAUUGGAGGAUAGUGGCUAGAGCAUCAAAUAUAGAUUUCCAGAAAUGUCUUUUUGAUCUGUUCUAUUCUCUCCUUCUGCAGGCUGCUGAUCAGAAACCCAAAGUGCCAGAGGCUGUCCCCACUAAGCCCAGUCCUGGUUCAUCUCGCCACCUUCAAACCUCCAGCCCCACACUGCCCCUCUCCUCCUGUCCUCCUGCUAAUGUCAAGGGCCCCCCGUUGGGCAGCCAGGGCCUGACUCAGAACCCCCCUCAGCAGCAGAGCCAGUUGUCCUCUGCCGGUCCCCGCUACCCGCCCAGAGAGGUGCCCCCGCGCUUCCGUCAGCAGGAGCACAAACAGCUACUGAAGAGAGGCCAGCCGCUGCCUGCAGGAGCCCUGGGCGCUCUCACCCUCCCUCCUUCCUCUCCCUCAUCUUCCUCAGCGCCUUUGUCCUCGUCUUCUACGACUUCCAAGAGCGCUGCCCCAAACUCUGCCACGUCCGCUCCAAGCAAACACAGCCCAGACAUAUCCCUACUGAGCAGCUGUGGUACCCAGUAUGCUAGGUCUCAUUGGGGAGCCUCUGUACCUGUUGAUGGACCUUCCAGUGGCAAGAGCUGGGACAAAGUGAUAAUUGACGGAAGUGAUAAAGAAGCUUGGCCCUCCAUUAAUCGUGAUAUAGACUCUGGACAGCCAGCGAUUCCAGAAUGUUCCUUGGGCUCAGCUAGCUCUAAACUGGACACCAGCGCUGUCACUUCGAGUAGGAGUGGUCUUCUGAGUAUGGCCGCAGGUGCUACUGGCCAGCAGGCCUACUAUAACUCUCUAAAACCAAACAGUAACAUGACGGGACCUGUGUCAGCCAGCACAUUAGCGGCUAGUAGAGGCUGGGGCUCAGAUGUCAAACAAGAGGCAAUGAAUGGUGGAAGAGUAGCAGCCCCCAGUAACUGGGGAUCCUCUAAUUAUAACUUGAACCUCAACCCCAAUGCCAACCCAUCAGCUUGGCCUGUUCUGGGACAUGAAGGUGGGGCCGGAGGUGUUAAUGGCCCCAGCUCUUCCUCCCUACCAAUGGGCAUGAAUGGGAAUGCAGACAAUGGUGGGGGGGGUUGGGGCAGCAUGAUAAGUGCUAAUGACAAUGAUCAGCAGCACCUUUCAACCAACAAAAAUCUAUCUCUCAACAUGGAGCCUGCUAACCUUAACACUGAUGGACCAAACUACACUAAACAACAACCAGCUCAGGAGCCAAUGAGCCCCAUCCACGGUCUGACUGGCUGGGGUGGUCAUUCACCCACUGAAUCUUCCCAGCUCAGUGGGGACACGACAGGCAGCUCCGUGUGGGGUGGAGAAGAAAACAAGGUGACCGAGUCGCCCAAAGACUCAGGCUGGGACUCGUCUCCUGGAGGCCUUUCUGCCUGGGGCCGUCAAGGCAGCGGUGGUGGGAGUAGUGGCAGUGGAGGCUGGGGAGACUGGGGAAAAUCCCCCGGGGCUGGUGAGGUAUCCAAAGGCUGGGACUCAGGGGAUGCUGGUACUCCUGUUCUAGGCCAAGAGCAGCCAAUGAGCUCUUGGGGCAAACAACCAGGAACAGCUCCAGCCAGCGAGGAUAGCGGUGGUAGCAGUGAAGGGCGAUCCCGCCGCAGAGACAGAUCCUCCAGUAUGGAUUUUGGCCCUCUGCUUCCCCGGCAGGACCUAGACCCCCGAGUGCUGAGUAACUCUGGUUGGGGCCAAACCCCCGUCAGACAGCACACUGUAUGGGAGAUGGAAGAAGCCAAUUCUGAUGACGGAAAGAGCAAUAGCAGCUCAGACACCAUGGGAUCCUCCAGCUCCAAUGGUGGACCAUCAUCAACCAACGGGGGUGCUAUCAACCCAAAUGUUGGGACCAGCCAGAGGCCUGGAUCUGGAGGAAAAAGAGACAAUGAAGGUUCCUCCUCCUCUGGUUGGGGGGCUCCUCCACCGCAGCCAAUCCAAACCGGAUCAGGUUGGGGGGAACCUCAACCUUCUGUAGCCAAAGCCCCAAACGGCUCAGCCUGUGGCUGGGGAGACCCUCCACCCGCCGGUGGUUCAAGAAAUGAGGUCACAUCAUCCUGGGGUUCGGAUAAGUCCUCUAACUGGGACGAUGGUAUGAUGAAGAACAAGUCAAGCAACUGGGGAGAAGGCCCCAAAACCCCCCAUGGCUGGGGCAACAAUAAUGGGGGAUCCAAUGGGGACUGGGGAGCGCCAGACAUCAAGAAAAAUGGUUCCUCCUGCAACAUGUGGGACGGAGAAGAAGGAAAUAGGGAAACCAGCGGAUGGAAUGAAAGCCCAAGAGGAGAAAACAGAGGAGGCGGGAACUGGGGGAAAUCCACUCCUCCUGUGAGCAGCGGUAACUGGGGAGAGAGCCAACGUUCCAGUGGCCCAGUGCAGGGAAGCUGGAGCUCCUCCAAGCCCCAGGAAAGCAGCAGCAGUGGCAGCAGUACUGGCAGUGGAGGAUGUAUCAGCAUUGGUUCCUGGGGUGGUCCUGGCUCUGUGAAACAAACCAAUUCUGGCUGGGGAAACGCUGGCAAACCGGAGCCGGGCAUGGAGCCCACCGGUUGGGAAGAGCCCUCUCCUCCCUCCGUCCGCCGGAAGAUGGAGAUCGACGACGGAACGUCAACCUGGGGCGAUCCCAACACCUAUAGCAAGACAGUCAACAUGUGGGAUCGCAACAAUCCCAACAAUAACCCCAACCACAGCGGCCCACCGCCCAGCAAGAACGGUGCAAUAACUAUGAUCAAUAAUAACAACAAUCAUUCUCACCACAUGCACCACCAUUCCCUCAACGGCCAACCCCCAAGUCGCAUGCUGCACCAAGGAAACAACAAUGGGUCACCAAAUGGCGCUGCCUCGCAUCCAGCUGGGGGGCCGCAGGGUAGACCACCACUCGCCAAUCCAGGUUGGGGAGAGCUCCCCAGUGUCCAGCCCAAGUCGGAGCAAGCAUGGGGAGAGCCAGCAGCUCCGACUUCAGCUGUUGACAAUGGUACAUCUGCUUGGGGUAAACCCCCAGGUGGGCUUGGAGGAUGGGGAGACGGUGGCCAUGAGCCAUCUGGCCCGUAUGUCCGGUCGAAUGGACCCACAGGUCCUGCACCUUGCAAGUCAGGCCCCAAACCUAUGCAAGAUGGCUGGGGAAAUGGAGAGGAAAUGAGCAUGUCUACCAGCCAGUGGGACACUGAAGAUGGGGACGUAUGGAACAGUCCAGCGUCACAGGACAGCAGCUCCUCCUGUAACUCCUGGGGCAACGGACUCAAAAAGUGUCCAAGCAAGGGGAAAAUCGGCAGCAAGCAAGAUGAGACUUGGAUCAUGAACCGCCUCAUUAAACAGCUGACUGACAUGGGCUUUCCGGUAAAAGAUUCUAAAAUCUGUCCAAAGACAACAGAAGGAAAAUACUCUGCUUCCUCCUGCUCCUUACAGGUCCAAGCACAACUCUUGCAGUUUGCAGCAAAAAACAUUGGUCUUAACCCUGCACUUUUAACCUCACCAAUAAACCCUCAACAAAUGACCCUGUUGUAUCAACUACAGCAACUGCAAAUGGCGUACCAGCGUUUACAAAUCCAGCAGCAGAUGAUGCAGGCGCAGCGCAAUGUUUCCGGCCCCAUUAGGCAACAGGAGCAGCAAGUCGCACGUACAAUCACCAACAUGCAGCAGCAGAUCCAGCAGCACCAGCGCCAGCUGUACCAGGCGCUGCUGAUCAAGCAGCAGCAGGUCCCCUCCCAUUCCUCCUCGUCCUCCGCUGGUCUGCACCCCCAUGGUGGCCCCCCCGGAGUUCCUGGCUCCGGGAAAUCAACCCUGGACCAUUUUGGAGGCCCCCACCAAACUCCGGGCCUCGCUGACACACUGCACACCAAAGAGCCUCCGUCUUCGCCCAAUGCCUACAGCACCUACCCUCUUUCUGGACUGAAUCCAAACAUGAAUGUAAACGGCAUGGACGUUGGAGGCUUGUCCCUGAAGGAGCCCCCCCAGCCCCAGUCUCGCUUGUCCCAGUGGACACACACCAACUCCAUGGACAACCUCUCUGGCAACUCUUCAAAUCUGGAGAAUAACUUUAAUAAUAAGCAUGGUGCCAUGUCUGCUGCCUCCACCCUCGGACCGCCUGGGAAGCCCCCCCAGCUGGAGGACUCGUACAGCCCUUACAAUCUAAUCUCCAACUCCGAGUCCCCCAGCAGUCCCCUGGUGCCCCCUGACAGCUGGGGCCAAGGAAAGAGCCCAAAUGAAAAGAUCUCAAAUGGGGCCAAUAUCAACUGGCCUCCAGAGUUCUGCCCAGGAGUCCCAUGGAAGGGCCUUCAGAACAUUGACCCUGAGAAUGACCCCAACAUGACCCCCGGCAGCGUCCCCAGCGGUCCCACCAUCAACACCAACAUCCACGACGUCAACCGUUACCUGCUGCGGGACCGUAACGGAGGGAAACUGACUGAAAUGAAGUCCACCUGGUCCCCGGGGCCCAUCGCUCAGAACCAAGCUUCUCUGUCCCAUGAGUUGUGGAAAGUUCCUCAGGGGCCGCGCAGCACCGCCGCCCCGUCCCGGCCGCCGCCCGGUCUCACCAGCACCAAACCCUCCUCCACCUGGGGCGGGAACUCUUUGGGGCUGGCUCAAGGCUGGAGCGCCGCCUACUCCUCAGAGGGAAACACAUGGAGCACCGACAGCCCCAACAGGACCAGCAGCUGGCUAGUGCUGAGAAAUCUCACCCCUCAGAUUGAUGGCUCCACCCUGAGGACUCUGUGCAUGCAGCACGGCCCCCUGAUCACAUUCCACCUCAACCUGACUCAGGGGAACGCCGUGGUGCGCUACAGCUCCAAGGAUGAGGCGGCCAAGGCCCAGAAGUCCCUGCACAUGUGCGUCCUUGGAAACACCACCAUCCUGGCCGAGUUCGCCGGGGAGGAGGACAUCAACCGCUUCUUUGCACAAGGCCAGUCACUGGGAGCCAACACCACCAGCUGGCACGCCAACCCGGGAAGCAAUCAGAAUCGGAUGGGCGGGGCGGCCCAGUCCCACGCCAUCGGCCAGUGGAGCAGCGGCGGCGGCGGAGGGAAGGCCAGCGGGAGCGAUCUGCUGUGGGGGGGAGUGCCCCAAUACUCCAGUCUGUGGGGGCCGCCCAACGGAGAGGACGCCCGCGUGAUCGGGAGCCCCACCCCUAUCAACACCCUGCUGCCUGGAGACCUGCUGAGCGGGGAGUCCAUGUAGGAGGGGGGUGUGAUGCCGUGCUCCCCCGCACCUCCACCUGCUGCCGGGGGAUCGGAAGCAAAGGAAGAGUUGUAAACAGAAAAAAAAAAAAGGUUAAAAGGAGCAAGAGCAAAACCCAAGCGAAUCAUGUGGCGAUAAUCAGCGUUUAGAGAAACUGUUUCAAACUGUGAAUCCUAAAUCAGAAAGCUGAGGGUCCCUGGAAAAGAUCAACACCAACCCUCGCUGCCUCCACUUCCUGUUUCUCUCAUCUUUGUGUUUCUCCAGAAGUCAACUGGAGAUCAGUUACAGCAUCCUAAGAAAGAAAAAUCUGAAAUUAAUCUCUAGCAAAGGGUGUUUUUUUUUUGUUUUUCCUCAUUACCAAGUUUUUCCAGAAGUGUAAAAAACGACGGAGUAUUAGGGCCGGGCUAGAGGUUUAUUUUUUUAUUAUUAAAGUCAUAAUACUACGAGAAUGAAGUCAUCAUACCGCAACCACUUUGACAUCCUGCCCAGUUUGAUGCUGCUGCUAAAAGA